AGUGGAAUUUGGUUCAAAGAUAAUAAAUGUUGGCGGUAAAUAUGUAAAGUUACAGAUAUGGGAUACAGCAGGACAAGAGCGAUUCAGGUCUGUGACGCGAAGUUAUUACAGAGGUGCAGCCGGGGCCCUCCUUGUCUAUGACAUUACCAGAUGCCAGAAUGCUAGCCAGUCAAAACAUUGUGAUCAUCCUCUGUGGAAACAAGAAGGAUCUGGAUGCAGAUCGUGAAGUGACUUUCUUAGAAGCCUCCAGAUUCGCUCAAGAAAAUGAGCUGAUGUUUCUGGAAACAAGUGCACUAACAGGGGAGAAUGUAGAAGAAGCCUUUGUGCAGUGUGCAAGAAAAAUACUGAACAAAAUUGAGUCAGGUGAACUGGAUCCAGAAAGAAUGGGCUCCGGUAUCCAGUAUGGAGACGCUGCAUUGAGACAGCUCAGGUCUCCCCGUCGAGCACAGGCCCAGAGUGCUCAAGAGUGUGGUUGUUGAAAGGCACGUCUGGGGCAAGCAAGGUGUACAUACAGUGGUAUUUGGGACACAAUUGUUGGAAAUCGAAGAAUCUGAAGUUUGUUUUUUUAAACCACCAUUUUUUUUCUACUCUUCAGAAGUAGAUCUUUGUGGGGGAAUAAUAAUUUGGGGUUUUAUGGAGGCUAUCAAGACAUGGCACAGCAAACUGUAAAAUAAAUCUAACUCAAUGGACAAUACUAUUAAAUGUAUACAUGUAUGUAAAACUUUUCUGUUCCACAUUUUCCCUUUAGUUUGAAAAAUGGCUUUGUACUGUAUAUAUUUUAGCCCAGUAAGCCUCCACAGCAUGGUAUAUGAUGUAUGAUAUAACAGAAUACUGUACUAAAUGCAGUUUACUGGGUUUUUUAAUCAUACGAACUAAAACGUGUUAAUUGUGAGGUGUGCUUUUAUCAUCAUGUCAAUUGUAUUGCACAAUUGGUUAUACUUAUGACCUGCUAGUCAGAGAUUCUGGCGUUGAUGGCCAGUGCAUUUCUUAUUUAACUGUUUACUACAUUCUAUAUGGUGUUUAUGUGAUUCACACUUGAAAAACUACAUCAGUAGUUAUUCAUUAACAUAACAAAAUAAAAUGAAAUUUUUAUUUUAUUUUUUUCAAUUAACUACAUUGUCCAGCUCUGUCUUACUUUCAAUGUAUCUUCCUCCAGGUCAACUCAAGAAAUAGACAUUUGAGUGCUUGCCCUGUUCUAGGCAGGAUGAUCCUAACACCUUUACCCAAACAGCGUAGGCAAUUUCAGCUAUUGAUAAAACGUGUGAGACUUGGAGCUGCUCGGCUCUUUGCUAAUUUGCUGAUCUGCCUGACUCCCUGCUAGAAUAUAUAUUGUUUGCUAUUAUGGUAUCUGGUAUUCAACUUCAUAGCAUCACUUUUUAAAAUCCUUUAUUAUUUUAUGUUCAUUUUAAAGAAAGCUAAAGUUUAGAAGAUAUCAUCAUUAAGCAAUUUCUUUUUUGGCUUUGCUGAAUCCUCUAAUGCCUUAUUGCAUUUAACAAGUUGACCUGUUCAAAGUUCACGUCGGUUAUAUUGAAAUAUGAAAUAUGUAUUAUAUUGCAAAGACUUGUUCUAGUAUUUUAAUCACCAAUACAAGAACUAUGUAAUGGAAUGCUUUAAAGUUGAAAUGAGUCCAAAAGGUUAAGGAGUGUUUUUCUGUGUGCUAUAUGUAUUUCUCCACUUUAUUUUUUUUCUUAAAUGGUAGCUGCAGAAUGAAUGGUACAUUUACUUUUAGUAGAUGUUGUCUGUUGCUUUGGUUGUUGUUUUGUUUUAAUCAACAGAGCACAGAGGCAAAUAUACACUCUGAGAUGUAACUUUGAUAAGCUUAUCAGUAUGUAUCUGUUUAUUUUAAGUUUCCUUUUUUUUAAUGCCGUAAGUGAUUUAUUUUGCAAAGUUAGAAUCUAAAGCAAAUUCUCAGGCUGAACUACUUCUUGGGCCUCCCUGGAGGAGUUUUUCAUGGAAUGUCUCAACGGUUUGCCAGCUAGUAUUUCCAAAGAGAUUCUUGCCUGAGAAAGGAGCAUAUCUAUUCUAAUGAAAGUAGGAAUUAAAAAGAGAGAGUUUAAAUCUGAUCUGCGAUGGAACUAUCCUGAAGCCACAGGCACCACACAGCAUCCAUAGCCUUUGACUGUUGCCGGAGAAAUAGACUAUGCAAGGCCAGGUUGCCGUUGCCUUGGGGAACAGUUGAGGAGAUGAUCUAGUAAAAAAUGGUAUAUGCACGUCUCCCAUUAUUUACUAAGUUUUAAGGAAGCUCUUAUUUUAUGUUUCUAGAAAAGCAAAUCUUCAGUCUUCCCAGAAAAAGAUGAGGAAGUCCAUUUAGCCCUGAAAUUGUAACUUAAUCUUUCUACAAACCAUCAUUAAAUGAAAAUAGAGCAUCACAAUUUGGCAGUCUAAUGGUUUUCUAGGAAACUUGAUUGCAACAGUGGUUCAAUGCUUGGUCACUAAUCAGAAGGUCAGCAUUUCAAACCCUGCAGCCACGCCACAGGAGAAAGCUGUGGCAACCUGCUUCCCUACAGAGUACAGCUUUGAGAACCCUCUGGGGCGGCUCUACUCUGUCUCCAGAGUCACUGUGACUCAGAAUGAACUUGAUGGCAGUUUUUAUCAUUCUUUGAUGGUUUUGUCGAAAGGAUAUUACUGUAGUUUGUUGAAUUUUUCAUUGUUUUAGGUUGUUGAGAUCUGUAAGAACACCGAUCCCUAGUUGAGUAACACUGGUAUUCAGAGUAAAGAACCUGAUGUUAACAUCAGAAACCCAGAUAGUCUGUAAUCCAUGCUGUGACACAGAGAGUAGUCCUUCAUUGUCUGUUAUGCUUGCUUCUAUUUGAGGGAGAGAGCAGGAGAAAGUUAAGCACAUGUGAAUUUUCAGUGUUUUUGUGCUAGUUGGAGUCUCGAACAUCCAUGUGCUGUUGACCCUGGAACUGCACAAGACUACUUAGAUAUUUUGUAAUGCUGUGUGACACUAAUCAUCUGAGUGUGCGCAGUUCAUGUCUCCAGUAAAUUGUGUAUCACAGUAAAGAGUGAUCUCUUGCCGUCUCCCAUAUGUGUUAGUGCAGUACUAUAACUUUAAAUAACACCGUGGGACCCAUACAAAGCGCUGCUGUGACCCUAGAAGUACUCCCCAGAAACAAGAGUAAUGGCAUUACAAGAAGAGGUGGACUUGCGUGAUGUGUAGCGUAGAUGGAGGUCUGCGGCUGGAGCUGCCUUCCGUUCACCUUUUCAAGAGGGGGGGCGGGAUUUGUGUUGCUGUUGGAGCUCCACCAGCAGGUGUGAAAAUCUUGCACUUUGGGCAAAGUACCUUUUUAAAUCUCCUGUUGAAAUACAGCAUUUGUAUGGGGACAGAAUCUAAUACACACGGCAUAGAAAAUGUGUUCAUCGACCAUCUAUAAUGUUAUAGGUAAGGCUUCCAGGCAACAGUAGGCUAUUAGUAGUUACAGGCAGAUCAGUGCCCCUCGCUAACCCUUACACUGUGCAAAGGUCACCUGUCAUGUGAGGGUAAAUCUAAAUGUAUUGUUUUUUAACAAUAUUGCUCCAAAAUCAUUGAAGCCUUUAUUACACUCAACAAUUUCAAAAGGUAAGGCUCUUAUUUCUCAACAUAUUUUCCAUCUGGGCCUGUACACUUCUGAAGGCAGUAUUUCCAUCUCUAACCGCUCCAUGAAAAAUUCUGCACUCGAUUUACAAAAAACACAUGAAAAUGUACAGCUUUGUCAUUCUCGAAGGAUUCAAAUUGUGUUCCUUUGAAAUGGCUCUUUGAGUUUGGGCAACAAAAAGAAGUUCAAGCUGUAGGCGAAUGGGGUAAGGUUUCCCAAGGAAAUUCUUAUAGGACAGCCAUGUUACCCUUGAAUGAGCAAGUACAUUGCGGUGGGAAAAAAAUUCCUUGGCACAACUUUCCUGACCUUUUGCCCCACCAGUGUAGUAUUCGGUUUUCUUAGAACAUCUUUCUAAUACAACCCCAUGUCUUCUGGGAAAAGAUAAUCAAGAUUACUCCUUUGGAAUCCAAAUAAAUAAACAGAUACCAUCCAGAGCUUCUGUUUUGAUUGGACCUUGUUCUCUGGAGUAGACAGGUAAAUCUAGGACUCAUGAUUUUGUUCCAUAAAUCAUCUUCAUUAACUUUGAUCUUGCUUAAAAGACUGACAGAAAGUUCAGUUCUUUGAGCUUGCUGCUGUUUGCCCAUCGAGUGAGAGGCUUACUGAGGCUGAGAUGUUGGCUUGAAAUUGAACUUGCCAAAGUAUAUGAGACCUCAUGGUAAUGCUGCAGUUUCUCCCAACAGAUUCUGGAAUUCAGCCUCAGUUUGUUUCUUUAUUCAUCAAGUGGACAGUCUUCCCUCUCCUGGCUCAUGUUGAGCAUGUUGAAUGUCUUCCCUACCUUCCUUAAAAUUUUUGAUCCAUCUUUAAGAUGUUGUUUUGUGUGGAGCUGAAUUCCUGUGAACUUGUUAAAAAGCUUCAAUGAUUUGGAAAGAUGCGCCCUUGGAUUAUGUUAAAAAGUUGAUAUUAGCCCAGACAGAUAAGUCAUUCUUUUACGUGGGACAAAAAGCUUUUUUUUUUUUUUUCCGGAAGCACCCUACUGAGACUAAGACUAGCGUGUUUCUGUGAGUACUCUUCUACAGCCGCCCACCGACGGCAGAGACAUGCUUAAACACAUCUUGUUUGGAAUAAAAACUUGCAUGUGUGACCUGGAACCUUACUAGCAUACUUCUUACUUACUCUCAGAUAAUCUGAGCUUGUCCAAUUUGUUAUUUAUUACUUCUAAUUAUCGGAACUUCCAUAAAAUGGUUUGUAGAAUUGUACAGAAUUUGAGAACAUUAGACCUACAGGUUUCGGUAAGUGAAGCCAGGCUGAGCCAUCCUCACUUGCUAUGGCCAGAUACUUCCUACUGGUAGAAAGUCGUGUGAUUAGGGUUAUUUUUUUAUUGUUUUUAUGUACUUUCAUUAUUUUGUAUUGUGGAAAUGUUCACAUAUACACAAACUACUAUAAUGAACUGCUUAUAUGAAUUAACCUUAGCAGUUAUGAAAUAAUAUGCCAAUCCACCUCUCCUGUUUUAUGCUGUAUUGUUUGAAAACAUCUGAGACAUCUGUCAUUUCACCCCCAAAUAGUUUAGUAUUCUUCAGGUAAUAAGAAUUUUUUUAAAUCUAUAAUCACUGUACUUGUGGGAUUUUUCCCCCAAGACAUUGUUAUAAAGCCAAGAAUGGUUCGUGUAAUCUUAAAGUCAUAUAAAGUUGACUUUAGGUAUGUAUUGCAGAAUCAACCUGCACCUGACUGGAGCACUGGAGGAGGUGGUAUGUCAACAUGUAUGUGGCUAGUGCCUGUCCAGAGCAACCUUCAGCAGAACGGGCAGCCUGCCUGCCAGCCACCAUGAACUAGUUUUAGGGGAUUGGUGCCCAUGUAGCUACUGGUUAAAUAAUUCUGAAUAUCACCCCUGCCAGUGCAGCACCACAAGGUCUACUUAAUGUAAAUCAUCUCAGCAUACCUGUGUUCUUUUACAAAGAAUCUGUUUCCUCUUCCUUAAAAGAUACAGCCUUGGAAACUCCAUUCAUGGGGCAGCUCUGCUGCAUGCACCUUUGAACGCUUCUGCCAACCUGUGGGGAGACUGGGAGUUGAGCCCUCUCAUCAGCUUCCUGAGACCACUGUGCAUGCAUGUUGUGGAGGACAUUGUCAUUACACUUUUGUAGGAAAUUGAAUGAAAAUAAGUUGAUGCUGUAGUAACCUCUAAUUUUUUAAUGUAAACUGUUGUUUUUAUUUUUAUGAAAAAAACGUCUAAAUUUCUGAGAAUUUUACAUUCCAAAAUAUAUCAAUAAUUAUAUAUACUAAAUACUAAGGGCUAACUAUUAUGCAUGAAGGAAAAAUGCUAAAUUCUCCAUGUUUUGUGGAAAGCCCUCAAAUAACUUUGUAUUGAAUGGGAAAUUGUAAGAUGUGGUUCAUUUUCAUGGUAACUUAUCCCAUUAUUCCCUUUUCCAGAAAGAUCAUUACAUCAGUUUCUGUGGUCCUAACUAUAUGUACCUAGCUCUCGUAUUAGCCCAUUUCCUGUGGAAAAUGGUGCUUUUUACAGGACAUAGGCCAUUCUCUGAAUGACCCUUGCAUCUCUGUUGUCUUUGUGCCUUUGCAUGGACUGUGCUUCCCUCCCCUACAGUGCACCAGCCUGCUCCCCGAGUCUGUCAGGCUGAGGUCCUGGUAUCCAACUAAUCCCCAUAAAGCCUCUCUACUAAGAAGCUAUUCCUAAUCACCCUCCCUAAACAUACAUAAGCAAGCACACUGCUCCCCGAGUUCAUGCUCCGAACUUCUCUUUGGAGAUUGAUCACAUUGAUCUAUGUAGGUCCGUGGAGCUCCUCUGUAUCAAAUGCCUGGCACAUAGGAGGGGUUCAAAUGUUUAUGGGAAGGACAGAUGAUCACAGGAGCUGUUGUCUCCAAGUCUUUGUAAGCAGAUUCAGUCUUCGACCUGGGGAAAUGCUUGGUAUUACCAGCCCAUCUAUCAACCUCAAGAAGCUUUUCUGCAGAAUCUUCAAAUGCUGUUCUUGCCGUCCUCAAACCUUUCCUCAGGAGGAAGGGUACUAACAGCCAGGGCAGAACAUUCCAUUUUUAAUGUUUGCCACAGUACAUAGCUGCCCAAUGAUGUUGAUUCCAGGGUUGAGAGCUUUAAGUAUUUAAGCUGCAGGGCUUGUUUGCUUCAUCAUUAUUUUCAGGGAAUCCCGUUUAUAUAUUCUUAAAUUGACUGCUUUCUACCCUUUAUAACAUGGCCUGUGGGCAAGCAAGUGCCCUGACAGCUACAUGCGCUCCAUCUCAGUAUAAUUUGCCAAUGUAAAACUAGGAGGCUAAGGACUGUCAGAAGCAAUUGAUAAAACAGUCUCUAGAACGCUGCUUUGAAGACGCGGACAUGUAUCAGCGGUUCUACUGUUGUGUGAUGAGCCAAAUGAUAAGGCAUGAAAUAUAUUAAAUAAUUCUAUUAAUACACAGGCGCAUUCACAACUGACCAGGCCCUAUGUAGGAGCAGAAACCAGACAACUCUCUAAUUACAACUUGGAAACCUACUAAAACAUUUUUAAAACCUUUUCAAAGGGGUACAGAAAUGGCAAAAAAAAAAUAACUUUUAAGUACCCAAAUUUUAAAGUUAAACUAUUUCAUCUAAAAGUUGUAAAUUUUAAUACUCUAUUCAGGUUGUUUAUACUUAUUUUUACCUGCUCCUCCAAACUGUAACUGUAUCUGAGCAAUGAGAAUUAUACUUUCAUAUCCAGAAAAACCCUGUCCAGAGAAUCUUUAUAGCCGCCAAGUGCAUCUUCUACUUUUCACCGUUUCUGACUUCUCUUUGAAGUAUAGACUUUACAUUUUAAAGGAGAGCUGGCUAAACAGUUUUUUCGUUUUUAGCAAGCACCUCAUCUGCCUGCUGUCGAUUGAAAUGUCUGUAAUCAAACUCGGACGGCACAUGACUUUUUUCGAGCUGAAAAUACUCUCGCCUUAUAUCACAUCAAAUCUUCGAGACAGCGCUGGAGGGAUACACAAAGUGGGUGUCACACUUCAUGCCCUGGUGCAGCUGGGGGCCGAGAGGUACAGAGACCCCGCACCAGGCAGAAACAGGCUGUGUAGACCUAGUGCUUGGCCUUCCAUUUAGCAGAAGCGUUGUCCUCAGAGUUUAUUAGGAAAUAUCAAAUAUGUUUUAUUGGAGUUUUUAAAUCUAAAAAGGGUUCUAAUUUUAACUGGUAAGAGGUUUUCUCCAUUUUUAUAUUACCUGUAGUACUGAGCUACUAGAAGUGGGAAUCUGUUGAUUCCAUCACAGCAAAACCGUGUUUUGUCUUAAGUUACUGGUUUAAUAGCGCUUUUUUUAAAAUCAGUCUUUGGAAAUGGAAAACAUUACAAUUUUAAGGUGCAUGAAUGCAAGUGCAUGCUAAUUUGUUUACAGAAUGCUUGUCAGAGAUUUGUCUAUUGUAUGUAAAGCUGCCCAGUCCUGAAGUUGUUUGUGAGUUAGCAUUUCUUUUGUGAAGAUAAGGAUUUGCUGUGAGUGUGCUGAUGGCUAGAAACAGUGGGGAGGCUGUUCCCCCACAGGCCAUGUCUAAUGUGUGUCACCAACUUCCUGGACUGUAAGAUGCCAAUAAACUGUUGAACCAGGUCA